CCCCAGGCUUGGUGGAGCUCAGCACUGGGGUGUUGGUGACAGCACUGAGGGGCCCCCACUGCCCAUGGCGUCUGCUCUCACCGUCCUCCUCCUCGGCUGCUGGCUGGCCGGGCAGAGCAGGGUAUCGGGAGGGGGCAGAGGAGGGGAGCACCCUGCAGCAAACCUGGCAGGGCAGCCCGUGUCCUUCCCUCCCCGCCAACCGGAGCGGAGCGGAGCCCUCCCGGCAGGCGACGCGGCGGUCGGGCCACGGGAGAUGUUCUACCCCAAACCCUCCAUCUCCGUCAGCCCCAGUGGAGUGAUCCCCGUGGGGGGAAACGUCACCAUCCGGUGUCGGCAUCAGCACCAGAACAUGAGGUUCCAACUCUACAAGGCUGGAGAUGGGAACUAUCUGUCUUACACAGACCCUGCCGGCUCUGAGGCUGAAUUUCCCAUCACCAGCGCCAGACGGGAACACGGGGGCAGCUACACCUGUCGUUAUAUCUACAGAUCAGGAGGAACUGUCUACUCGGAGCCCAGCGACCCUGUGCAGAUCAUUGUAGCAGAUCCCAGCUUACCCAGACCCUCCAUCUCUCUGAGCCCCACUGGGGUUGUGGCCUCAGGGGCAGACGUCACCAUCCGGUGUCAGGGGCAGCGCCGGGACGUGAGGUUCUUCCUGCACAAGGCUGGAGACCUGAACCCGCAGCAACACAUGGACCGUACUGGGGCCGGGGCCGAGUUCCGCAUCCCCACCGUGGGCCGGCAGCACGGAGGGAACUACAGCUGCAGCUACCGGCCCCGGUCAGAGCCCUUCGUCUCCUCGCAGCCCAGCGACACCGUGCAGCUGGUGGUAGCAGGGGGACCCGACCCGACUCAGCUGGGAGUGGCGCCGGCUCCCACAGGCCCGGGCAGCGCGGGGCCAGCAGCCCCCCCGGGGCACCCAGAUUUCACCUACGCCAACAUCGCCCGCCUGGGGCUGGGCGCCGCGGUCCUACUCGUCCUGGGGCUGAUCCUGGCUGAGGCCCGUUACCGCUGCCUGAGGGAGGUGUCCUAGGAGCCUGGAUCUGGUCAUGUGGAGAAGAGAAUCUCCCCAAGGGAUGAGCCACUUCCCCUCGGGGGGCUGAGAUGCCAGCACAACCCCCGCUGCCCCCAAACACCCCUGCCUUUGAGAAUCCGCCCCGACUGCUCCCAACCCGACAGUCACACCCCAGGAGCGAACCCCGACCCCCCGCCUAGAGGGUGCUGGGCUGGACUCACUAGACCUUACUGACCUCCCAGAGUCAGGGGGAGAACCCAGGAGUCCUGGCUCGCAGGUGGAUGCAACAGACAAGGCAGCUGCUGCUGAUGUGUCCUGCCAUCCGGACUAGGGGGUUCAGGAGCAGUGUGGGGUACAAACCGACCCCUAGAUGCAGGCAGCUAUUAUUUGAGGGGGAGGGAAAGUGGGCAGGAAAGAGUGGAUGGGGUCAGGGGCAAGCGUGAGGUGCCGGACGUCAGGCGAGGGCGCCCCCUGGCAGUAGCACCAGCUACUCUGGAGGGGGGAGCUACCGCGGGAAACCACUAGGGGGAGACCUGGCUCCAUGGAGGGGCAUCCACCAGCCAACGUAUCCCCUGGCUAUGUACAGCCCCGUGCACCCUGCCUGAGCUGAGGGGGGUGUCACUCCUUGUCCCAGGGGACGGUCCUGGCCAGCUCCUGCAGCUGCUCUCGGUAAACCUGGGCAAAGCACUUGCUCUGCGCCGUGGUGAAAUGGUUCUUCCAGUCACUGACAACCCCUGCGAAGCAGAGACACUGGAUGGGACAGCAAUUCUGUGUGGCGGGGGCACCUCCUGCUGGGAGAGGUGGGGCUAGGGAUGUGGGGAGCCCCCCCACCCCACAUCCAGUGUUCCCACCCUGCUCCCCACAACGCCCCCCACUGGGAGAGUAUUUCCAUAGCAGCUGUGCCAUGUGCCAGAAGGUGGGAUUAGGGUAUAGGGCACUGGGCUGGGGGUGGGGUCAGGCCUCUUGGUUCUAUCUCUGGCUCCAGG